CCUCAAGUGCUGAUAAGUUUUGAUAACGGAGGCCGUUUUCGCUCUUGAAGAGACCGAGCCGAUCGGGACAUUAUCUAGUAGAAAAAAGACUCAGUUGAGGUGAGUUCGUUUGACUAUUUGAUUAAGUCAGUGCAUCUUAAGGCACACCCAUUAUUGUUGUCCUCUUUGAGCAGCCUAAAGUAUGAGCGUGUCGCCAGAAGAUUGUUUUCUUUAGGGUCUGUUUUUGUUGGGGAAUCUUGCUCACAGAAGCAAUUACGUAUCGGCUGUGAAGUUGUCGUAGCUAGUGUUUUCUCAGUCCAUCUAGUUCUGAGGUGCUUACUCUCAUCAAUCGGCCAUAAAGAGGGAAAUUUUGUAAUGGCUUCAUCAGUGAAAAUAGUUUUGGGAUCUAUAGCCUUUGCAGUCUUCUGGGUAUUGGCGGUUUUCCCAGCUGUCCCGGUUUUGCCCGUCGGGAGGACCGCUGGCUCCCUCCUGGGGGCGAUGCUUAUGGUCGUUUUUAGGGUCAUAACGCCCGAUGAAGCUUAUGCAGCGAUCGAUCUUCCGAUCCUCGGUCUCCUAUUUGGGACGAUGGUCGUCAGCGUGUAUCUUGAAAAGGCGGACAUGUUUGAGUACUUGGGCAAGCUGCUCUCGUGGAAAAGCAGGGGAGCCCGGGACUUGCUUUGCCGUGUCUGCAUAAUUUCAGCCAUAUCCAGCGCCCUAUUCACCAAUGACACCGCCUGUGUAGUCUUGACCGAGUUUGUCUUGAAAAUAGCCAGGCAGCAUAACCUUCCUCCUCAUCCGUUUCUACUUGCUCUUGCCUCGAGUGCGAAUAUUGGGUCUUCGGCGACUCCAAUUGGCAAUCCUCAAAACCUGGUUAUAGCAGUCCAGAGCAAGAUUUCGUUCGGAAGUUUUCUUUUUGGCCUUCUUCCCGCGAUGCUGGUGGGGGUUUUCGUCAAUGCUUUGAUUCUACUAUGCAUGUAUUGGAGGCUAUUAUCCAUUCAAAAGGACGAAGAAGAUGCUACUACUGGAGUGGUUGCCGAGCAGGACGUUAGUUCUCAUCGCUUUUCACCUGCAACAAUGUCGCAUGCUUCGUCCUUAAAUUCUCAGGAAUGGAACUCUAGAGUGGAGUCCAUGAAUAUGCAAGGCUCUCCCAUCGCGAAUAGAAACUCCCUGGCUCAAAUUGAGAUGCUCCGAAGCCGCUUGGCUCCAAAUGAAAAUGAAAUCCAUAGGGUCCUGAGCGGCACGCUCGACUCAGCAAGAAAUUCAAAUGCCUCGAAGGAGGCCACUACUGACUCACCUUUGCAGAAAAGAAAUGAGAAUGCUUCUUCAGAGAGGGUGCUCUCAAUGGACAGGUUAAGUGAUGCACUCUCGGUUAAGUCUCAAGCAAAGGAAACCCUGGCCCCUAGAUGGAAAAGACUCUUGUGGAAAUCAUGCGUUUACUUGAUCACUGUAGGAAUGUUGGCGUCGUUGUUAAUAGGUCUGAACAUGUCUUGGACUGCCAUUACAGCAGCCCUUGCUCUUGUCGUCCUCGAUUUUAGGGAUGCACGGCCGUGCCUAGAGAAGGUUUCUUACUCUCUUUUAAUCUUCUUUUGUGGAAUGUUCAUUACGGUUGAUGGAUUCAAUAAUACUGGAAUUCCAAGCAGUCUCUGGAACCUCAUGGAACCCUAUUCCAAAAUUGAUCGUGCUAGUGGGACAGCGGUUCUGGCCGCUGUCAUACUUGUUCUGUCGAACUUGGCUUCGAAUGUGCCAACAGUUCUCUUGCUAGGGGCACGGGUCGCGGCAUCUGCAGCUGCAAUCUCUGCAGCCGAAGAAAAGAAGUCGUGGCUGAUCCUGGCUUGGGUCAGCACAGUGGCCGGGAAUCUCUCAUUGCUGGGAUCGGCCGCCAACUUGAUCGUGUGCGAACAAGCGCGCCGUUCGCCGCACCUCGGGUACACUCUAUCCUUCUGGAGCCAUCUCAAGUUUGGGGUUCCUUCCACCGUUGUAGUGAUUGCCAUUGGGUUGAUUCUCAUAAGAUGAUAUUAUCCCCAAUGCGUCCUGUGAAGUUUGCUUUUCGCAGGCAAACUUUUUCUGGCUGCUGGUUACAAGUGUGUUUCAUUUGAUAAUUCACUGAAGAGGCGAGACU